GGGGAAUUUGUGAUUUGACUAUUCAUACAUAAUGCAAAACUAAAACAUAAAUUCUGAGAUGAACAUAGUAUACAUGUACCAAAAACAUUUCACUUGGUCUUCUUGUACAGCUGAUUGUGCAAACAAAAUAUUUUUUCACAAUAAAUUUGUAACUGGGGGUAUUUUCCUACCGGUGUAUUUUACGUAAUAUUAAAUUAUCUGAGAUCAGAUGCCUCAUCUUGAAUGAGUUAAUGCCGGUGAAACUCAUCUGGGAUAAGUCGGUUUUUCAAAAGUAGCUGUGUUAGAAAACUUGAUCGGCAAGUCUCUCAUUGGCUUCCACAUUUUGUUAAAAAUAAAAAGCAGGGCGCAUGACUAUCUGGUCAAUCAAUUUCGAAUCGCAAAUAUAGAUGAAUAAAAAUAAAAAAAAUCAGUAUGUUAGGACACUGACACAAAAGCGCAGUGUUUGCGUUUUAGAACAUAUCGUCACUAUGCUGAUGUACACGUCCGUUGCUGGUCAUUACAUGAUAUAAAAAGGAGAAAGAGACGAGACAUCCACAUUUUUGAAUAAUGAUGGCACACGACAUGGAGCGAGUACUGAUGUCCCCGGCGUUCGAAGUGUUCAACAAGCUUCGGCUGGCAGGACAGCUUUGUGACGUGGUCCUCAUCACAGACGGUGUUCAGUUCAACGCCCAUAGAGUGAUUCUGUGUGGCUGUAGCUCCUACUUCCAGGCUCUGUUCGCCACUGGCUGGAGUGACUCAGGAAAGCGGGAGUACCAACUCCCAGGCAUUUCCCCAGAAACACUGAGGCAGGUCAUAGAGUACGCCUACACGUACUCUGUGGUCAUCACAGCUGACAAUGUGGAGAACCUCCUGGUAGCUGCUGAUUAUCUCAGUGUCUUGGGCAUCGUGCAGCGCUGCAGUGAUUUCCUGCAUGAGCAGCUCUGCCUCAACAACUGCAUUGGCCUUCUUAAAAUCGCCGAUGUCUACUGCGUAAACGAGCUGCACCAGUCUGCAUUCAACUUCAUCUUGAAAAAUUUCAAGGAGGUUGCCAUCAGCUCAAACGAGUUCCCAGAACUAAGUCUUGAACAACUUUCUGACAUCAUAGAGCAGGAUGAGCUUAAUGUCAGAGAAGAGGAUGUGGUGUUUGAGGCCAUCCUCCGUUGGAUCGAGCACGAGCCUGCCACCCGAGAGGCCCACAUUUCAGUCCUAUUGCCCAAGAUUCGGAUGGCUCGUAUGGAUCCGGAGUACUUCAUGAAAAUCGUCAAAGCUAACGAUCUGGUGAAGGGCAAUGCGGCGUGCAGGCCAAUUAUCAGUGAUGUACUGAAGAUGAUAUAUGAUCUCGACGAUGAAAGUCCACAAUCUGACUUUGAAAGGCCACUGAUUCGCCCGCGCCUACCCGCUGACAUUUUAUUGGCCAUUGGUGGCUGGAAUUUCCGCACAACCAAUUGGACUGAAGCCUAUGACACCCGGGCUGACCACUGGGUCGAUAUAACACAGGGGCAGGAGACUCGCCAGUCCGGCCAUGGCAGUGUGUGUUUAAAUGGCUUCGUGUAUUGUUUUGGGGGUUAUGAUGGCCAUAAUUUCACCGAUGCUGUGCGCAGAUUUGACCCCGUCGCACGGACAUGGCAGCACAUGGCCCCGAUGCACUGGCGCCGCUGUAGUGUCAGCGUGGCCGUAAGUAACGGCUUCAUCUAUGUGAUGGGUGGCCGUUUAGGCGUGUCGCCUCUGAAUAUCGUAGAGCGAUAUGACCCAAAUGCCAACGAGUGGACCAUCAUCCAGCCCAUGAACGAGGAGCGACAGGAUGCCAGUGCCACCACCCUGAAUGGAAAGAUAUAUAUUUGUGGGGGUAGCAAUGGAGCUCAGACCACUUCCACUGCGGAGUGCUAUGAUCCUCUCACGGGCGAAUGGACCUUGAUCGCUCCCAUGCGCACUCGCCGACGUGGCCUUGGAGUUGCGGCAUAUCAGGGAAACAUCUAUGCGGUGGGCGGUACCAACGGGGUUCAUGCAGUGCGGAGUAUGGAGGCUUAUGACCCUGCAACUAACCAGUGGCACGCUGCGCCUCCCAUGAGACAACAAAGGAGCUAUUUCGGCAUCGCAGUGGUGGACGGCUUGCUGUUUGUAAUGGGAGGCUCCGAUGGGUUCGAAGUCACUGCAAAGGUGGAAUGUUAUGAUGCAGAGAAAGGCAGCUGGUACCGUGCGCAGGACAUGAUUACGCCUAAGAGGAACUUCAGCUGCUGCACAGUGCCUGCGCACCCCCGCUUCGUACAGUACGCUGCACCUCGCCCACCUGCCCCCAUCUGCCUGCCUGGUAACCACGUGCUCAACAAGUAGCUGGCAGGGAACAAGGGAAACGCUACAGACUGACAACAGGGGAGGACAAGAAAGACUGACAACACGUGGGACGAGAUGACCAAUGACACCUACUGGCCAAACAGGGAAGGGACACAGAAUGGGACAGUUAAAUAACAUUGGCAUUCCCUGAAGGGUUUGGCAUUCCCUGAAGCCAAGCUGUUAAUUAUUGUACUCCACGCCACCUCUGGUGAUUGAAUUGCAAUGUAAUGAUUAUGUUGUUCUAUAAUCUUAUUGAAUAAGUGUUAUAAGUUGUUGGAAGUUAUUUUUGUAUUCUUUUAUACUUCAUUUUUAACAGUGUGAUUUUUGACCUGACAGCUUUGUUUGGCAGUAAAAAGCUUUAAGGGGGCAGUUUAAUGGCUCUAUACACAGCAAUGUGUAUAAUGGCCAAAGUGUUCUUAUUGAAUAUGCUUAGAUUAUUUUUGUAUACAUUUACAUUUUUAUUUUACAGACUUUAUGUAAAGGCAACCAGCGCUUAAAAGUUUAACGUUUAAAUAAAUGUCUUAUUUGGAGAACAA